AUAAUGAACAAUAAUAAAGAAGAAUGAUUAAAUUACACUAAAUUAAAUUAAUUCUCUUGCCAUACUACGCGAUAUUUCAAAUUGAAUUUGUCAGGAGCUAACGGGCAGUUCACUAAUCUAUGAUAUGAUUUUCUUUGUCCGAAAUGUGAAAUGCACCAAUCGCGUCGUCCGAAUCCGAAAAUCAAACCGAGCGUUUUGAUUGGAGGAGAGUUUAGACUCGACCCAUAUUACAACCGUCGUUUUCCAUUUCCAAGCUUUUGUAAGCGUAUGUUGGGAAAGUUGUCUAAAUAAAUAUUCGCGAAUUUGUAUUGUCGUUUUUUUAUUGUUUUUAGUGAAAGUGAAAACAUCAACACAAAAUGAGUUUCAUUAGGAAGUUGGAUUUUGAUUUUGAUGAGUCAGACAAUGAACAGUUAGAUUCUUCCUCAGGAUGUGAAUUAAGUUCUUUGGAUAACAAUGGUUCCUAUUACAGUUCUGAUGGACACAGCAAGACGCCGACGUUCGAUUGUAACACCGAAGUCGUGGUGAGUGCCUCUAGUCCACCCUAUAAGUGUGUACGUGCAUUGAGACUCUGCGACAACCCGCUCACCCCGAAGACCAUCGUACAUAAAUCGUCGACCUUAGAUUCACCCAUGCCGCGUACGCGACUGCUGACCCCCUACGAUAAAAGACGCGGUUUCGCUUGCACCUAUCGAAGCAACGAUCAGCCCGCCGCCAACGUUAAUCCGUUCACACCUAACGGAAUGACGGCAAAUAAGAAACGAACUCGUUCGUACGCCUCACUCUUGGCGUCCCCUAAAUUGGGGACAUCGAACGACGAUUCCGAUAUGAGCGACGCCGAGAUCGAGCAGCCCACCAAGCGGCGUGCGCUCGAAGAUAACAACAUCACCCGCUAUCACCAGGAGUUUUUAGAGUUGGAAUUGAUCGGGUCAGGCCAGUUUGGUUCCGUCUAUAAGUGCAUUAAUCGUCUCGACGGCUGUUUUUACGCGAUAAAAAAAUCGUCGAGACCGGUGACGGGAAGCAUACUGGAAAAGUGGGCUCUGAACGAGGUCUACGCGCACGCCGUCCUAGGCGGGCACCAGCACGUCGUACGGUACUACUCCGCAUGGGCCGAGGACAAUCACAUGCUGAUCCAGAACGAGUACUGCAACGGCGGUUCGCUCGCGCAGAAGAUCACCCAGGACUGCCUGAGUAUAAGCGAGCUGAGACAGUUGAUUUUGCAAGUGGCGGAGGGCCUCCGGUACAUUCACUCGAAGGGCCUCGUCCAUCUCGACAUCAAACCGGCGAACAUAUUCAUAGCGAGCGAGAAGAAGGCGCAGUAUAUCAAUUACGAUUCGACCGACGACGGUUUUGAGGAUACUGACGAGACUUCGUUUUCCGAAGAGGAACAAAUUAUGUAUAAGAUAGGCGACUUGGGACACGUCACCAGUAUUUUAAAUCCGCAGGUCGAAGAGGGCGACUGCCGCUACCUUCCCAAGGAGAUACUUCAGGAGGACUACACGAAUCUAACGAAAGCCGACGUGUUCUCGUUGGGCAUGACCUGCUUGGAGGCGGCCGGAUCGGGUCCGUUACCGAAAAACGGCGAGACGUGGCACAAAAUUCGCGACUGCAAGUUGCCGCCUCUAAAUCUGGCGCUCAGUCGCGAUCUGACCGACCUCAUUAAGUCAAUGCUUCAUCCGGAUCCGAUCAUUCGACCAUCACCGAUGCAGGUCCUGCAGCAUCGUGCCGUCUCGCCGCGCGGCGGUAAGAAGUCAAGGGCCCAGUUACAAAGGGAGUUGAACGCGUUGAAGUUAAAGAGCGAAAUUUUAUCCAAGCAGCUGGUCGACGCUACUAAGUAUAUCAAGGUGGUCGCGCCCGAAGUUAAUCAAAUGAAGACUCUUACAAGAUAUUCGUCGAGAAUCAUAGGGAAAAAGUUAAAUCGCAGCUGUAGUACCACUGCUUUUUAGAUGCUUUAGUUCGUUUGCCAUUUUUAACUGUGUUGUAAAGGCUGUUAAUUAGUAUUAUGUCGAGGAGGUUAACUUGUUACAUGUUUUAAUAUUUGUUUUAUUGUUAGAUUUCGCAAGUUUUCGUCCUCCCCUAAGUGAUAUGUCAUUUUACUAUUAGUUUGUAUCCCUCCUACUUUUUUUGAAUUGACAGCUGUCUUUUUCAACUAAUUAAGGUUUCUAAUGUAACACGGUGGUUAUCAUGGUGAUUUUUCGUUUUUGUUAAGUAUUUUUUUGAAAAGUCACAAUCGUAACCAUCACAGUUUUUCAUUUUCUUUAGUUGUUAAGCAUAAAAUGUUCAAGUAUUUAGCAAAUCAGUUAUCUAUAGGCUACUUUAUAUAUUUAUACU